AUGGCCGAAUCAUAUUGGGCGCACCUCGAAGACUUGAUUCACUCAUACUUUAAUGCCGUGCAGGCAAGAUUUUGGACCUUCGAACAUUACAUUAACUGGGUAUAUGAGAAUACUGAACUUCCUAUUUGGACCGCAUGUGUAGAACAAUUUUACGGAUCUUUGCGUGCCAUCAAUAAAUUUAGAACAACCAUGCUACAUGCAAAAUCUAAUAAGAAAGCAUAUGCUGAAGCCACUGGUGUGGUUAGUUCGAAAAGGCAAGUGAAAAGAAAAACAGGUGAUGAAGAACCAACGAAAGUAACAGAAGACUCAGAAUCUGUUCUCUUUGAUGAGUCGAAUGAAGACGCUUUAAUUGAUGCUAUAGAUGAAUUUGGAUUGAAAGAAGAAACAAUAUUGGCAAUUUUAAAAAACAAUUCUUGGUUUAUGGACCCUUCAUUGGUGACAGAUUCAUGGGGAGAGAUCCAGGCACUUGGUUCAAAAGACUCUAGGAAUGAAAAUGCAGAUCCUUUUGUCAAAGCUCGUAUGGGAAGGAAAGUAGGUAUGAAAGGCAUCCUGACAAGAACUUUCAAUAAGUUUGAAGCAUUAUACGGUGAAGUGGCAUGCGGGCUAUGUCCACUUGGCAUGUCACUUGCUUCACAGAAAAAUAAGUAUUUCGAUAAGUCAAACUUGCAGUAUUAA